AUGGGUUUUUAAUAAUCGUCGAGUGAUUCAGUAAAGCUGUGAAGAUUGAAUAAAGUGCAGCAAUGAUUUUGGUUUUGGUUGUGUUUAGCUCCAUCUUGGGGAUAAGCUACUCUCAAGUAACGUGCGAUAAACAAACGCUAGGAGUAUUUUCGAAUGUGAUUUGUGUUUCAAAGACGCAAUUUCAGUUUAGUGUAGACGAUACGACACCUUUGGACUGUCCAUCAGGACAAGUUUGUGCUGACGUGGCUGAAAUAUGCACCAGCACGGGACCGGCCCUAUGUUUGAACACAAUUGCGGGGGAGGAUGGCUCCUGCAAUGAAUGUCUUAAUAACAAAGCGAAUAGAGUUUGCGUCAGUGAGACACAAUAUUCUAUCUGUAAUGGAGGUGAAGUACUGACGAAUCUAACAUAUACUUGCCCUCCACCGCAGCCUUAUUGCAAAGCAACAGUUGACGGAACAACCGGUUCAGUUACAGGAAUUUGUGUUGACACGGAUGAGGAUCUCGACUGCACUGGAAUAACGAGUCCAGCCGGUGGAAGUGGUAGUGGGAACGGAAGUGGUGAUGGAAGUGGUAGUGGAAGUGGUGACGGAAGUGGUAGUGGAAGUGGUGAUGGUAGUGGCAGUGGAAGUGGUGAUGGAAGUGGAGGGGGAGAGCAACCAGUGUGCACUGCCGAUGGAUUAUUCCCAAAUACUACUGAUACAACUUGUACAACAUAUUAUAAAUGUACCAAAGCUGAAUCUGGAGCAUAUAGUAUUCUUCAGUUGCAAUGCCUGAACGCAGGAUACGCUUUCAAUCCUAACUCAAAGCGAUGUGAGCCAGGCUACACUUGUACAAAUACAGCAUAAUAAUGCAGUUAUAUAGUUUAGGAUCGAAAACUAGAUCAAUAUCGACGACAAAAAACGA